UCGAAACUGCCAUAUGAUAUGAAAAUAUGAUUUGUUUACUAUUUCGUCAGUCGCGUAAUUCUACGCAAUUCUUUCAAAAACAAUUCAUUAAACCUGCUCAGAAAGUAUUGCUUGGUGCUAACCGGAGGUUACACACAACAAGAUUCUUACAGCAUGGCGAGUACGAAUGGCAGGAUCCAAAAUCCGCGGACGAAAUAGUUAACAUAAUCUACAUCGACAAGGAUGGGAAACGUUUUAAAGUCCAGGGCAAAGUGGGCGACAAUGUACUCUAUUUGGCCCAUCGGCACGGGAUCGAAAUGGAGGGCGCCUGUGAGGCAUCACUAGCCUGCACCACCUGUCAUGUGUAUGUGCAGCACGAUUAUCUUGAAAAACUCAACGAGGCUGACGAAAAGGAGGACGACCUCCUUGACAUGGCCCCGUUUCUACGUGAGAAUUCUCGUUUGGGCUGUCAAAUUCACCUCGAUAAAACUAUGGAGGGCAUGGAGCUGGAGCUUCCAAAAGCUACACGCAAUUUUUACGUGGAUGGGCACAAGCCUAAACCGCACUAGUCAAAGAAUUCUAUGCCCAUAUGUAGUAUAAAAAGACCUAAAGGGAAUGUUUACUAUUUCUAACCAAAAUACUUUGUUGUUUUUAUGAACGAUGUAGUGAUUUUUCUAAAACUUUAGACCAAAGUUUACAUUUACUUAUGUAAUAUUCCUUAGGUCAGAAAUAGUCCAUGCCAAUAAACUGGAUUAGUGUUAUUAAAACAUCAGAAUAAUAGUUUUUCAAAAAGUA